AUGAUGGGUUGGGAAGCAAAAGAACAAGGUUGGAGGAAGGGUCCUUGGACUCCUGAAGAAGAUAAGCUACUUAUGCAUGGAGAAGGAAGAUGGAGCUCAGGUUUGAAUAGGAGUGGAAAGAGUUGCAGGCUGAGAUGGGUGAAUUAUCUAACACCUGGACUCAAGAGAGGGCAAUUAACACCUCAGGAAGAAGGGAUUAUUAUUGAAUUCCAUGGUUUAUGGGGUAACAGGUGGUCAACAAUUGCAAGAUACUUUCCUGGGAGAACAACAGACAAUGAGAUGAAGAACUACUGGAGAAGGAGAACUAUAAAAUUAUCGACAUAUAAAAAUAACUUUAGAAAUUCUAACAAGUAA